AGAGAGAGGGAGGGAGAGAGAGAGAGAGAGAGAGAGAGAGAGAGAGAGACAGAGAGAGAGAGACAGAGACUGGAGCCCCGCCCUCUCCGCGCGCUGCUCCUGCUGUAGCCUUAUAACCACACGCCUGCUGGCCAGUCCCAGAGACCCAACACAACACGAGCACUGGACUUGACUGCGCUCGAUUCCUGACGCAUAGAUACUUUGACGGAAUACUGUGCCAUUUUCAUUCCAAAAGAGAAGCAUCAUCGCUGGAGAAAAGAGAGAGAGGGAGAGAGUGAGUGAGAUAGAAAGAAAGAGAAAGAGAAGAAAAUGGAUUUUUUAAACCACAACUACUUGAGCGCGCGCGCCUCGUACGACUACACCUUCAAUUUCUGGAACGACUACCUGGGCCUGUCCACGCUGGUGACCAAGAGCAACAGCAAGCGCGGCGCGCCCGCGGGACCCAACUCCAUCACGGAGUCGCUGAAGGCCACGCUGGGCCUGGACGACCCGGCGCCGUGCGCGUGCGCCCAGCCGGACUGCUGCUGCUGCUGCUGCUGCGCGCCCGCCAGCCCGCCGCCCGCCUCUCUGCUCGAGCUCAAGGAGCGCUUCUCCGUGCUGAGCCCGUUCGGUGCGCGGCUGGAGCGGGACGCGGCGUUCGGUGGAGGCGGAGGCGGGGGUGGCGGCGGCCUCGCGGGACUCGAGCUGUUCGGCGCCGAGCGCAAGGCGAGGAGACCUGCGGCGCGCGCCAAGCAGGAGCCCAAGAUCUGCGUGUUCUGUCGGAAUAACGGCGCGCCCGAGGAGGUGUACGGCUCGCACGUGCUGAAGACGCCCGAGGGCCGCGUGGUGUGUCCCAUCCUGCGCGCGUACACCUGCCCGCUGUGCAGCGCCAACGGCGACAACGCACACACCAUCAAGUACUGCCCGCUGUCCAAGGAGCAGCCCGCGCAGAGGGCGCUGAAGGGAGGGAGGGCGGUGGGGGGUAAGCGCGUGAAACUCUUCUGAGAGAGCCGUCUUCAGUAUACACAACCUCCAUGUAUUGCACUGAACGUUUUAUUGUCUCUCCUUCUUCUUCUUCUCCUCCUUCUUCUUCUUCAGAUGACUGUUCCGACUGAGUCUUACCUGCUAGCCUACAGGAUUUAUUAAACAAAUAAGAUAUCAAUGUUUUCUGUUUAAGAAAAAAAAAAAUCUUUUAUAUUUUUAUAGAUGCUUUAUUUCCAUAGUUUAUUGUAUACUUUAUUCAUAAAAAGAAUGAUAUUUUCCCUUUUUUCACGCGUUAGUUUUUAGAUGUUUAUUAGUUGAGAUUCACAGUUCAUAUUCAAUCACGUUUGUGAGUGACGUUUUUUUUUUCGUUUGUUUGUUUCUAUGGGCGAACAUGAAUGUUGGCGUAAACAUCAGAGGAGCUGCUCUUCUGUCAGCCUCGACUAUUUUUGUUUGUUUGUUUGUUUUCUUUAGUGUAAGCCAAGCUUACGCCUCGUGUCGUCUUUCAAACCAAAGUUCUGUUUGCCAUGAAGCGAGCUUGAGAAUGUGUCCCGUUUUCCAGGCCCUUCCAUAGCCUACUGAAGUUUUCUGAGCGAAGCUGAAGUGCGCUUGCUGUGCUCGAUGAUGUGGCCCCGUUCCUUUCUUCCCACAAUCCACCACACGCUUUCCUUCCCACCCAGGCUGACAUUUAAUAUGGGCAAGGAGGGAAAAAAAAACCGCACAGAAACACUGAGCAAAAACACAAUGGGGUCUCUGUUGCACGUACAUGUACUCAGCAUAACUUCAUAAUCAAUAGAUGCCCAGCCAAAUUAGCCCAUUUCAGAGCCCUGUACUGACAGCGUCGACUAUUCUUUUCAGCCAGACUCUUUUUGAGAUAGAUGUCUUUAUGAGGCCAAUACAAGGUGCCCUUCUAAUGUUUACACCCCGAGCGAGGGGAACACACACUGGAGAACAUGUCUUAUGGGUACCUCUGGAUCUGCCCUUCUCUCAAACUUGACACCCCAACAAAAAAAAGCAUGACAAGCUAGCUGUGGGGAAACAGUGGGUGGGUUAUAAAAGAAUGCAGUCUGAUAACUCUCUUAAAAAGGGUCAGUGGUGGAACAGCACUAAUGAAUGUUCUUAAUAAAACAAAGCUUUUUUUUGUAAAACAAUGCAUUUGCCCCUUUUUGCAUUAUGUAAAAAAUGAAUAAAUAAUGAAUCCCAAAAAAAGAAAAAAAAAGAUGCAACAAUGUUGUGAAUGUACAAUUGACACUUGCAGGACUGCACGUCUCUGACCAUUACGUUUACCAAAGGAAUUCAAUUUUAAUGAAGUAAAGAACAUAGAUUUGCUGUAUUGUAAAUAAAAGCAAAAAGUUGAGUGAUGUCUAUUCAGUAUUUUAACAUUUAAAAGUGACUUCAGAGGGUACUACCUCAACAGGAUUUUGUACUUACAUGUAAAAUGUCAACAGCAGUUUAUUAAUAUAGCGCUGCCAUUUAUAAUAAGGGUUUUUAAUAGUAUUUUUGAUCUUUGUAUAACAUAAUUGUAUUUUUCUUUCAUUGCAUUCUACACAUGGAAGUGGAAUUCCAAUAAGCUCUUAGCAUUGUUUGCCAAUAGAUGAUGGCUGUAUAUAAUGACAAUAUCAUACUUUUUUAAGUUGUUCAAUGUUACAUUCUUGGCGAGUGAACGAGAGAAUGGAAUAUGUUGAAGACUUUAGACAAUUUGCCACUUUUAACUGAGGUUUGUAAUUAAAUUAAAAGAGGAAAAAAAGAAAACACUGUUGAAUUUUGUUAUUUAUAUUUUGUCACAAUUCCCUGUAAGCUGCUGUGCAGAGAUAAACAAAAUGAAAUUCCAUAGAGAAAUAAACAGCUUAUCAAAUAUUUUA